AUGAGUGAGUUCUUCCGAACUGGGAUCUCAUCACAGUCUAAGACUGAUCCGGCUGUUUCCGAGUCGCUGUGUGAGGAGGCAGGAAGCAGCAGUGAGAUCGGUCAGGGAGACAUGGAUGCUUCAUCUGAAGUCUCUGAGGAGGACAUCCCAAUAGACUUUGCCAAAGUGAGGAGGACCAUUAGUGAGUUCUUCCGGACUGGGAACUCAGCAAAGCCCAAAACUGAUCUGGCUGUUUCCGAGGUCCUGUGUAAAGGUGUAGGAAGCAGCAGUGAGAUCGGUCAGGGUGGCAUGGUUGCUUCUUUUGAUAUCUGUCACGAGGACAUCGCAAUAGAAUAUGCCAAAGUGAGGAAGACAAUUAGUGCGUUCUUCCAAAAGCGUUUUGAGAUCUCAGAACAGCCAGAUCCAGAUGUUUCAGAGUCACUUUGUGUCCCAGAUGCAAGUGUUCUUGGACCAAAAUCUGAACCUUUGUCCUCAACAUCUGAGCUUAUGGAACCUGGACUGGAUCCUGAGGAAUGGUCUAUCCUGAACAGUUCUGGACCGGAACCUGCAUCCCCAGAAUGUUUGGUGGUUGACAUCAGUGAUGCCACCUCAGAGCCGAGGAGCCAAAUGAUGGUGUCUGAAGACCUGACCGAUCCAGAAGGGCUUCAGCGGAAAUUGUCUUCUUCUUUUUCAGAAUAUGUCAAAGUGAGGAAGAUCAAUAAAAUGAGUAUGUUCUUCAAAAAGCUUUUUGGGAUCUCAGCACAGCCUCAGAAGGAUCCAGCUGUUCCAGAGCCUCCGUGUAUCCCAGAAGCAAGCGCUCCCGAGCAAGAACCUCUUGUGACAGAGCUUUCAGUCUUAGAGAAUUAUAUUCCUCAAAAUAUUUCUCAGCUGAAAAAACGUUUGGAGGAACAUACACCAUCUGAGACACCUGUCACUGAGGUCUGGCCCAACAUCUUCUUGGGAAAUGAGUAA